UGCUCUGUUCCCUCUCUUCUUCAAGCUUCGUAUUUUUGCUUCAGAGUACCAGAGAUUCAGAGCUUGGGAAAGCUUCAUUAAUGGCGGCUUUUGUUAGGUUGAAAGCUACGAUUUUGAUGUUUUAAACUCUCAAGGCUUUCAGAAGUCUCCAUUUCUCUUCAUCUUCUCUCAAUCUCUCUGCUUCAAGCUCGUCGCUGAUCUUAAUAGACACCAGCAGAGGAAAACAUGGUGUUAAAAGAAUCAGAAAUGAUGUCACAUGAUGAAGUUGAAUCGACAUUGCAGUCGGAGCAGCAGCUCAAGCCCCAUGGAUUCUCUUCCCUUGGAAGGCAGUCCUCCAUUUAUUCGCUUACACUGGACGAGUUCCAGCAUACUCUCUGUGAGAGUGGCAAGAACUUCGGCUCCAUGAACAUGGAUGAGUUCCUCACCAGCAUUUGGACGGCGGAGGAAAACCAAGCAUUCAAUGCCAGCCAGUCGGCGACGUCUGCGGUUGCGGCAUUGAGCAACGCUCAGGCUCACUUGCCGGUGAGCGGAGUGGAGAAACACAACAUGGAGAAGCAAGCAAGCCUACCUCGGCAAGGUUCACUAACACUUCCGGCACCCUUGUGCCGGAAGACAGUGGAUGAGGUUUGGUCUGAGAUUCACAAGAGCCAGCAGGGGCAGAGUCAAAAUAGCAGCAGUGGUGGUAAUGCCAACAAUCAGAAUCCAGAAUCUGCCACGCGCCAACCAACGUUUGGGGAAAUGACAUUGGAGGAUUUUCUGAUCAAAGCUGGGGUUGUUCAAGAACAACCAUGUGGCCGGGCAGGAGUGUUGCAGCAAUUGCCACCACCUCAGCAGUAUGGUAUGUACCAGAAUAGCAACCACACCAUUGGUGCUGGUUAUGUUCCCAGGCCUAUUAUGGGACUCAGUACAUCUGCAGCUGGUGGUGGUGCUAGCGGUACUGCCGGUGCCGGUGGCAUUACGACAUACCAGCCGGUCCCCCAAGGUGGUUCUACCAUUGGCGAUACCUCAGGAUAUGCAGGCAAUGGUAAAAGAAACAGUGUGUACCCAUCACAGCCUCCACCUGCAGUUUGCUAUGGUGGAAGAGUGGUGAACAGUGGAGGGGGUGGGGGUGGGGUAGGAGGAUAUUCACCGGCUCAACCGAUGGGGAUGGCGCCUGUAAGUCCGGUUUCCCCCGAUGGAAUGUGCGCCAAUCAGGUGGAUAGCUCAAAUCAAUUUGGGUUGGACAUGGGUGGGUUAAGAGGUAGGAAGAGAAUAAUUGAUGGGCCAGUUGAAAAAGUUGUAGAAAGGAGGCAGAGAAGGAUGAUAAAGAAUAGGGAGUCAGCUGCAAGGUCCAGAGCUAGGAAACAGGCAUACACAGUAGAGUUAGAAGCAGAGUUGAACCAGUUAAGAGAGGAAAAUGCACAUCUUAAGCAGGCCUUGGCCGAGUUAGAGAGGAAGAGAAAGCAACAGUACUUAGAGGAAACAAAGAUUGUUCAAACCAAAGCACAGAGGGCCAAGGAAAAGCUUUGUGUUAUGAGGAGAACAUCGAGUUGCCCAUUGUAAAAGAAAAUCCUCUUAAGUUCCAUCCAUGGAAAAGGCAAAACACGAAACACACUCAAGUAGUUAGCAGGAAACCGGAAAAACCUCGGUGCAUGCAGGACUUCGAGAAUUUGGCAUGAACCAACCAGCAUGUCCAGCAGGAAAUUGGGCUUGCUUGUCUUUCUGUUCUUCAGAUGACUCGAAUCUUGCACGGGUGAAUGGCCUGGUACCAAGGUUUUUCGUUUCUUACGAGUUUGUCAAGGUGUUGUUAUGUAGUAGAUAGGCAUAAUUUGCACAAAAUCUGAUAAAAUCUUCAGGUCUUUGUUAGCUAUAAAAGAUUAAAAUGGAGAGAGAAUCGGCAUAGUGGUAUCAUAUUUAAUCGGGCUUGUUUCAAAUUCAGAUUUGUUCAUCAAA